AUGAAAUACUUCGUGGUCCUUAGCUGCAUGGUUGUGGUGGCGUUGAGCGCGGUGAUUCCAGACCCAAGUGUGAGGGAACUGCCAGCGGUCAGGCACGAGGAGGUCCACGAUGAAUACGGCCAGUACGCCCUCAGAUACAUCACAGCUGAGAACACAGUUGUUUCGGAGCGCGGUCGGUUGGUGCCCACCCCCAACGGCGGGUACGUCCUAGAGAUCGAAGGCCAAUAUCAGUUCAUCGGUGAUGACGGCCAGAUCUACGUCACCAAGUACCGCGGUGGUCCCGACGGCUUCCACGUAGAUGGUACCCAUCUGCCGGAACCAGUGCCCGUGAUUCCAGUCUGA